UUCCUUCCACAUCUACCACGGGACAAAACCCACCACAAAAACACAGAGAUAAACUCACAAACUCGGUCUUUUCUGACCAAAAGAAAGAUCAAAGAUCAUCCAAUCUCGUACCUGAAUUGUGUUUCUGAAGCAAGAGAGAAAAAAAGGAAGUUCCUUUCCAAUGGCCGCUUCGGUUUCUGCAAGUGGGUAUAAAGGAGGCUUGCUCGGGACUUCCUUCCAUGGAAGUUGGGGAAGCUCCAUGGCCGCCGGUGAGGAUUACCAUUACUUGGCGGGAAAGGCAGCAGUGGGGCCGAGCCACGUUAGGGUUUCACGCAAGGCCAUCAGGGUUCAACCCGUGAUGAAGAACGUCAACGAGGGCAAGGGCGUGUUCGCGCCUCUCGUUGUUGUGACGAGGAACAUCGUCGGGAAGAAGAGGUUCAACCAGCUCAGGGGAAAGGCCAUUGCCUUGCACUCUCAGGUCAUUACCGAGUUCUGCAAAUCGAUAGGAGCGGACGCGAAACAGAGACAAGGGCUGAUUCGGCUGGCGAAGAAGAAUGGCGAGAGGCUGGGGUUUCUGGCCUGAGAGCAAUGACCACUUCUGUAGACAGAAUCUGUUACAAAUUCAGGAUAGUGAGGUUCUGAUGCUUGAACACUUUCAUCUGGAUGUGUCCGUGAACCACCAUAGAAAUACCCCUGCCAUUACAUUAUGUUCUUGUCCGAAUCUGCAUUUCUAGCUCUGUAUUAUUUCAUUCAGGA